AUAGGAUGUUGAAGGGGGCGCCACAGUGACGUUCACGCACCCUGGGAAACGCCACACUUGUCAUGCAGGCGCACUUUUUAAUGGACACUUUAGGACUUCUAGGGAAGAUUUUUUACUUUUAAACCCGGACUAAGAUUUUGGAGAGCAUGGCGAACUCCUACAGCCAGCGGUCUCUCAUUGUUCUGUCUCUACUUGGAAUUCUAUCGGCCAUUAUGUCCGUUUUGUCGGUCAUUCUAAUCUUCCAGUUGCAGCCUCACCACGCCGCCGUAAAGGAGACCACCUCCUCGGUUAUACCCGAUGACGUCCGCGCCGUCCUGCCGCCGGUGUCCACGGUUCUGUCGGCUCUGUCUCUAACCCUUAACCUGAGCUCCGUGGUGGUGUGUCUCCUGCACAGCUACUUUUCCACCGAAGUUUGCCGAGGAGAGCUUGACACAGAGAGAGCAGAUUGGUUUCUUUUGGACAGCAGAGCCCUGCGACAUGUGGCAGUCGGACUGUUCUGCCUCGGAGUGUGUGUCUACUUGGCAGCUAUGUCCAUCUUUAUGCUCCUAACAUUUGAGGUGGAGACAGGCAUUGCCAGCGCAUGCGUCCUGGCCUCUGGGAUCUUGAUCCUGCUAGUAUUAGUGAUCCACUCUCUGGUUAAGGUCUCUCAAAUAGCUAAACGCAGCCAUCUCAAAACCCUCUUCCGGAAUGAGCACCGACGCAGCAACAGUCCCGUCUCUUGGCCCUGCGAGCUGAAAAUCGGUGUGGACAAACUUCGAGGGCCCGGCAGGCAGUCUCAACUCCAGCAUCACAUCUCGCUCACUCCGUCAGGCAGUCCCAGACACCAGCACUAUCAGCAAGACUACUCCCCUGCUGCUAAAGAGUCACAAGGCCAUCUCAGCAACGUGGACGGCUACAGCAGCGGAAGUGGUGGCUGUCCUCGCUCAAACAGGUCCUUGUCUACGGAGUCCGCUUUACUACAGGCCCAGGCUAAACCCUGGAACGGCGUCAACAAUGAGAUGAGGAGCGUCCUGGCACGCAAGUCCGGGAUUUCGGCAAAAGACUCUACACUUGUGUAACUUAAAGAAGGCUGCAUUUAAAGAAGGAUGACAUUCAGCCUGUAUAUCUUUAAAGUACAUUAUUUGUAAUAUACAUCAUUGCCACUUCAGUGUCAUUCAGUGGCUAUUUGCCAAACAUUUCUGCACAAUAUACCAAUGUUUUUAUGUGUCCCAAAAUUAUUUCUCACAAAUAUGCAUUAAAAUAAUUAUAUUCCUGUUUAUAAAAACUUGAACAUUUUUUUGUUUCUUUACAUAUACUGUAUUUCAACAUUUGAAUACAUUUAAUAGUCUAUUCGGGAGAAUCCCAAAAUUUCCGCCACACUAGCGAUGUAACAAUAUGAACAUUUUAUAUCAAGUUAUUGUGACUAAAAGUAUAACAGUUAUUAUUAUCACGGUGUUCUUGAAUAGACUCAAAUAGUACUAUAUAAGCACUGAAUUUUUUUUUUAACAAAGUCUUAAAAACACUUAAAGAGACAGGAAGUUAGAAAACCUACUAUUUUGCAUGUUUUGUUUUUCUGAUGUGUUUUCGUCUUAGUUAUUAAUCUGUUUUAAUUGCUAAGCUUUUAUUGUUUGAAAUAUUCAUUUGAACCGUAGCAGUUUAAGAUUUGUUUAAAUGAAAAGUGCGUAACAAAUUAUUUGAACCGUAGCAGUUUAAGAUAUGUUUCAAUGAAAAGUGCGUAACAAAUUAAAUCUAUCAAUAUUAUUUCCUUUUUCUGGCAGGCGUUGUGGCAUCCUGUGCUGUUCAGCGGUCCUUGAACGUGCCAUAAUAAACACUUCUAUAUUGUAUUUUUCUCAGUAUAGAACGAUCAUUUAGCACAGCUUGUAGAGUUAUUGUGCACAAUUGAAUACUUUAGUUCAGUGGUUCUCAAACGUUUUUCACCAAGUACUAACUCAAAAACGACCAACAUUAAAAUAGCGUAGAAAGCCAAAGGAUUCAUUCAAAACAAGGCAGAGGAUUUAUUUUAAAAAUAUGUUUAAUAUUUUCGGCCACUGUAAAAUUGCACACAGUUUACACAAGACCUGGGCAAUUAUUUUGACUCGAUGGGCCACAUUUUGAGGAAAACCAUUGUCUGGGAGCUGGUGUAUAAAUUUUUAGGAACACUAAUACAAAACCUCACAAUAACGUCUGAUUGAAUGCUAAAAACCGUCAUGACAGACCGCCUUAAAAAACGGAAAGGAUUUUUUUAUUUUUUUACUGAAUGAGACGCCCAUAAUGUCCAUGACAAUAAAGAAUGUGGGAUUUACAAAAUUAACGGAACGAUAAAACACUGAAUAUUGACAACAUGUGAAUGGCACACCCCCUCUCGAUGGACUUAUUUUACAAUCGAGUGACACUAAAAAAAAAAUGCAACAAACAGGGCGAAUUAUGAACUUGAAGGGUAAAAAACAUCCCACUUACAAUUUGAUAUAUCUGAUACAUCACUAAGCUUUAGAACUUUAUUGUAAAAAUCUCCUUCCGAAUCUGUCCCUGACACCCGAAUUUCAGGCUGACCGCUCUGGAAAUACUCUGUGGAAACGCUCUCCACCCACACUGCUUGGUCCCACUGCAGAUAGUUACUCUAUACUGAACAAAAAUAUAAAUGCAACACUUUUGUUUUUGUUCCUAUUUUUACUGAUUUGAACUCAAAGAUCUAAAACGCUUACUAUAUACACACACAAAAUACCUAUUCCUCUCAAAUACUGAUCACAAAUCUGCCUAAAUCUGUGUUAGUGAACACUUCGUCUUUGCAAAGACAAUCCAAUCCACCUCACAGGCAUGGCAUGUCAGGAUGCUGAUCAAACAACAUGAUUAUUGCACAGGUGUGCCUUAGGAUGCCCACAAUAAAAGGCCACUCUGAAAUUAUUUUGGAUGACUGACAAUGGACUUUGUUGAUGUAAUUCCACUUUGGAAUAAACGCACUCAGGUGCUGAGAUUUACCGUAUUUUUCGGAAUAUAAGUCGCAGUUUUUUUCAUAGUUUGGCUGGGGGUGCGACGUAUACUCCGGAGCGAUUUAUGUGUCAGAUUAUUAACAUAUUACCAUAAAAUAUCAAAUAUUAUUUAUCUCAUUCACGUAUGAGACUAGCCGGAUGUCAGCAAUCGUCACACACACACGUCAACCAAUGAAAAUUCGACGGAGGCGGGUCAUGGCAGAAAUGCAUUGUGGGAAAAAGAAGAUGCUACAGCAAACGUCACACACAUGUAAUGAAAUGAAUUAUAUUUAUAUAGCGCUUUUCUCAAGUGACUCAAAGCGCUUUACAUAGUAACACCCAAUAUCUAAGUUACAUUUAAAGCAGUGUGGGUGGCACUGGGAGCAGGUGGGUAAAGUAUCUUGCCCAAGGACACAACGGCAGUGACUAGGAUGGCUGAAGCGGGAAUCGUACCUGCAACCCUCAGGUUGCUGGCACGGCCACUCUACCAACCAUUGAAAAUUUGGCAGAGGGGUCAUGGCAGAAGUGCAUUGUGGGAAAGAAGACGCUACCUGCUACGGUACAUUGGCGGUGACUUAUAAAAACAAAGGGCUGAACAAAAAUGGCACCGAAAAGGAAAGCAUAUACUGCAGGUUACAAGCUGGAAGUAGUGAAAUACGCAGCAGAAGAAAGAAAGUUUGGAGUAAACGAGAAACUUGUAAGGGACUGGCGAAAAGCGGAGACUACUAUUACUGAAAUGAAGAAAACUAAAAAAGCUAA